AUGGCCAUUUUGGGAGGAGCUGAACUCUGUUUUCCACAACUCAUAAACAUUUCCUGCAAGAAAUCCAUGCAGCUUCAUUCUGAGAACAUUUUCGUUUAUGUGCUGCUGUCCUGCAUCUCGUUUGUGACCGUGACUCUCAACCUGCUUGUCAUCAUCUCUAUCUCCCACUUCAGGCAGCUCCACACCCCCACUAACAUCUUUCUCCUGUCGCUGGCUGUCUCAGACUUCUUGGUUGGACUUCUGCUGAUGCCAUUUCGGCUCCUCCUGACAGAAGGAUGCUGGGUUUUAGGAAGUUUAAUGUGUGCACUUUUCAACUUUAUAUCAUUUAUCAUCACCUCUGCCUCAGUAGGAAACAUGGUGCUGAUAUCAGCUGAUCGGUAUGUGGCCAUCUGUGACCCUCUGCAUUACCAAACUAAAGUCACCAACUGGAGAGUUAAAAUCUGUGUGUGUGUGUGUUGGCUUUGCUCUGUGUUUUAUAAUGGAGUGAUACUGAAGGACCAUCUGAAAAAUCCAGACAUAUAUAAUUCCUGCUAUGGGGAGUGUGUGCUUUUAAUUGAGUUAUUGAUAGGUGUUUUUGAUCUCAUUUUGACCUUUAUUGGCCCCAUCACAGUCAUCAUAGUUCUGUACAUGAGAGUAUUUGUGGUGGCGGUGUCUCAGGCUCAAGCCCUGAGGUCUCAUGUUGCAUCCGUCACUCUGCAGGGUUCAGUUCCUGUAACUGCUAAGAAGUCAGAGAGAAAAGCAGCUACAGCUCUCGGUGUUGUUGUGCUGGUGUUUAUAUUAGGUUUUUGUCCUUAUUAUUAUCCUGCAUUUACAGGACAUGAGCUGGUAUCCAGUGAAGUGUUUUCAAAUUUAGGAAUCUGGCUGUUUUAUUUCAACUCUUGUCUUAAUCCAAUUAUCUAUGCAUUUUUCUAUCCUUGGUUCAGGAAGUCUCUUAAGCACAUUGUUAAACUUCAGAUUCUGCAGCCUGAUUCCUUUGAUGCCAGUAUAUUGUAGAAAUGUCAGCUAAGUCUUCAAAAAGACACAA